GCAGAAACGACCAGGAACAUAGCCAACCAGCACGCCAUUAUCCUCUUUCUUUUUCUUAUUUAUCAUUCCUUACAAAACCAACCCGUACUCUCUCAUUCAACCACUUUCAAGAAUCAUUCAAAGCGAAUGCCACGACUGGAACAACUCGUAGAACUGCAGGGUCAUGAGGACCGUGUAUGGUGCGCAGCCUGGCACCCGACCAAGCCGAUCCUGGCCACCUGUUCUGGCGACAAGACCGUCCGGAUCUGGCAAUCGACGAAUGCACAGGACCCAACGAAAUGGCAAUGCACCAAUGUGCUCGAGGGUGGACACAAGCGCACGAUCCGUAGUGUAGCCUGGUCACCAGACGGUCGACAACUCGCAACGGGAUCCUUUGACGCGACCACAGGAAUCUGGGAGAGGGACGAGGACGAUAGCGGUGAUUACGAGUGCGUGGCGACAUUGGAAGGACAUGAGAACGAGACAAAGUCAAUAGCCUGGUCGAAGAGCGGAGCCUUGUUGGCGACAUGUUCUCGAGACAAGAGUGUCUGGAUCUGGGAGGUCGAGGAAGACAAUGAUUUCGAGUGCUUGAGUGUCUUGCAGGAACAUACCCAGGAUGUUAAGAUGGUUGCCUGGCAUCCUAACGAGGAGCUCCUUGCUUCAGCCAGUUACGACGACACAAUCAAGAUCUGGAAGGACGACGAUGACGACUGGUACUGCUCCGACACACUCCAGGGCCAUGACUCGACUGUCUGGGCGAUCGAUUUCUCACCCUCAGGCGACGAGCUCGUCUCGGCAUCUGCAGAUCAGACUCUCAAGAUCUGGAAACGGUUCCAGCCCGGCAACCCCCUGGGCAUUAUGACACCUCGUCGUGGAGAACCUGUCUGGAAGUGUGUGGCGACAGUAGUAGGAAAACAUGAGCGAUGCAUUUAUUCAGUCUCAUGGUCCAAGGUCCAUGGAUUGGUUGCCUCUGCGGGAGCUGAUAAUGUGAUUAGGCUGUUUGAGAUCCAGGAGGCUGUCGGGGAGAAUGUAGUGGGGAAGUUGACGGAUGAGCAGAGGAAGACGUUGAAUGAACCGGGUGUGCUAUUGGAAGGCAGAGAGGUGGCGGAGGUGAGGAAUGCGCAUGGGACGAGUGAUAUUAAUUCGGUGGCAUGGUACCCAAAUGAGGAGCAUGGAGACUGGUUGGCCUCUGGAGGAGAUGAUGGGUCGGUAAGGAUCUGGAAGAUUGUUAGGGAUUAAAGGCAGAUCAAGGAGCAGGAUUGAAUCGACAUAAACAGGCGGACAGUUGGGGUCUUGGAUCUGCUAGAGUCGUAAAAGGCAACAAAUGACACUUCUUAGAAUAAACCUCGGAGGACAAGAUCAUCUCCUAUGCUGACCACUACCACUCUUUAUCUCGGUGUCCCGUUCAUUGCCAAUUACUUCCUUGGACGAGAGUGCUUAUGGCCACUCAAGUGGAUU